GAGCAGUGGUGUAUUGGUGUUGGGGGGCUGUUGGUAAGACAAAGGGGCUGUUAGCGAGGGGGGGGGAGGGGGUAGAUGGGGUGCUACUGGCCGUAGGGGAUGGUAGCCAUAGGUGUGUUGUUGGGGGGCUGUUAGCAUGGGGGGCUGUGAGCCAUAGAGGCUGCUAGCCGUGGUGUAUUGUUGCUGGAGGGCUGUCAGUAAUACAAAGGGGCUGUUAGCAGGGGUGGGCUACCAGCCACGGGUGUUGGUAGCCAUGGGUUAUUAUCUAUAGGGUCCAUCAGCCACAGGGUGCUGCUGGCCAGGAGGUGCCAGCCAUAGGGCUAGUAGCCAUGGGGUGAGCAGCUGAGAGCCCCCCAUGCAUGGCAUCCCUCCAUCCCUGUGAGUUUGGGAUAUGUUGGCACCCUGAGCAUCCCUGGGGUCACCCCGCAUCCUCCUCCCGCAGCCAUGGGAUAAAGAUGGGAGGGGGGGGGGUAAAGGCAGAGCCGGGGGUCCCUGCUCGGCUGUCACCUCCCAGGGGCGGUCCCAUGAGCCAGCCUUUGUCUCUCAUCUCCCAAGCCUCGGAGCUGCUGAUCACAGAGAUGCUUGGAUAGGAUUAUCGGUCCCAUUUCUCCUCCUGAAGUGGAUUUGUGAAUGUCUCUAAAUCACCUUCUGGUGUGCUUGAGGGUGAUGAGCUGUGCUCAUUAUUAAUGGAAUCAGUCCCAAAGCUGCUCUGGGUGACAGAAGGCUGCAAACACCUCAGACCCCAGAAGAGGUUAUUAUGGGGUCCCCACUCAGCACAGCAGUGCCAUUGGAUUUGCAGGAAAAUGCUGUGAAAAGUGUGCAAUGAGUGUGCAGUGGCUCUAGGAUUUGGGUUUCCAGGGCAGGGUUUGCUCUGGGGCUGGGGGUGAAUCUCCAUGAGGUCCUGGGGAUGGGAACAUUGGUUCACAGCACUGUGCUCAGUGUUGCAGAAGGAUGCAGUCCUGCUAGAGAUGACAAAUGGCAGCAGAACGGUGCAGGUGCCACCACCUCCCUCAAAGCUGGGGUUUGGAGGGCUAAGAAUGCUACAUCCAUGCAGCUCCUCACUGUGUCAGGGGCAGUUCCUGGAGCAGUGAUAUUCCUACACUGUUUCUUGACCCUACCUAUCCCUGGGAUCAUCACAAACCACCACCUUACAGGAAAGCUAAUGCCAUCAUCCCCAGUGGCACCAUUUGGUCCCAGUGCCAGCCCACUCCAGAUGAGGCCAUAAGAGAGCAGGACAUCAAAAAGGCAAUUUUCCCAAGUUUGUUUUUUCAAGAAAUCAGGAAAUUCAUUGGAAGCUGUGGUGUAUGGGGACUGCCAGCCCCUGGGAUGGACACUGCUCGAGGGCUCCAUCACCAACCCCAGCAACACCUUUCAGUGUCACCCCAUGUGCUGAGACCCCACCCCCAUCCAUCCAGGCUGUGCUUCCCAAUACAGCUUGCAAUCCCACAGCACCCCAAAACCAUGUGUUUUAAGCUGAUUUCCCCCUGAAAAGCUGAAGAAAUACCUCCAUUACUGUGUCACCUGGGGGAGAGAAGGGGGGUCUUGUGGAUCCAGAGUAGGAUUUGCCUAUGGAUGCUGUGCUGCAGCUGAUCCUACAAGCUGGUGAUGUGUGGGGCAGUGCCCCAUUGCAUGUGGCAGAGGAAGUGAUGUUUGCUUGCUUUGGGGACCACGUGUGGGGUGGGAGAGGUGAGGAGGGAGGGUGCUGGCUUUAACACCCAGAGAAGAGCAGGAGGAGAUGGUUGUUGCUCUGUGCUGAGUGUUAACCUCUGCUCCUUGGUUGGGUGCAGCAUCACGAAGAAGAGGAGAGCCCCGUACCCUGCAGUGGCCAUGAAGACAGAGAAGGAUGAAACUCUGCCCAACUUCUCCCUGGGGGGGAAAUACGUUGGGGAAGGGGCAGGCCCCAUGACAGCACUGGGGAGCGGAGGAGCCCCCCCAGCACAGGACCUGCGGCUCCUAAAGCGCCGUCCAGCCCCAGGGAAGCACUAUGCCUGCUCCAGCUACGGCUGCAAAUUGGCCUUCCCCAGCAUGCAAGAGCUGAUGGACCACCUGAAGGUGCACUACAGACCCACGCAGUCCCUGGAGGGCAAAACCUUCCAGUGCCCCACACUGGGCUGCACAGAGACCUUCCCCAGCAUGCAGGACCUCAUGGCCCACAUGAAAGUGCACUACAAACCCAACCGCUACUUCAAAUGUGAGAACUGCCUGCUGCGCUUCCGCACCCACCGCUCCCUCUUCAAGCACCUCCACGUCUGCUCCGACCGCUCCAGCAGCCCCGCACCGCCGCCCCAAAAGGCCGAGAAGCCCACCCUGCCCACCGCCUCCACCCAAGAGAAGGAACCCACCGCCAAACCGCCCCCCGAGGGGCUGCCCAAGCCUCCCACCGUCAUCCGGCACACGGAGAAAGAAGCCAUCACCACAGCCCCCGGCACAGACCCGGCCCCCAACCUGCCCGACCUGCCCGGCUCGCUGGAAGCGCUGCCGCUCGUCCCGCCGGCCCCGCACCCCUUCCCGCUGCUGGAACCCAACCUGUUUGGCCCUCCGACCUUGACUCGCUUCUCGGGGCCUCCUCCUCCUCAUCCUCCCCCUUCCUCGGUGCCGUUCCUCUCCUACAUGCACCCCCCGGUGCCCUUCAGCCUGCCUGCAGCCCAGCCCCGCCUGCGGCCCUGCUCGCCCAGCCAUGGCCCGGCAGCCUCCAACGCCGUCUGGAAGAAGAGCCAAGGUGUGAGUGUCAGCCCACUCCUCCCAUGCUUUGGCUCAGGAGUGACUCCAGGGCACUCCUCCAACAGCCGGAUCGUGUGGGAGCACACGCGGGGCCGCUACACCUGCAUGCAGUGCCCCUACUCCACGGCCUCACGGGAGGAGAUGACACUGCACAUCGAGGAGCACCGCAAGAACCCAGCACCAGCUGGGCGCAUGGACACAGACGUGGACUUUGGGGUGAGCAUUGCCUCCUUCCACUCGAAGCUGACACCAGAGAUGGAGAACUCCCUGUACUCACAGCUCUGAGGAGAGCUGCUCCUGCUGAACUGAGGGCACCACAUGCUCCACACCUCAGCACUGGGACCCUUGGGAGCAUCCCCAGCAUGGGCUGCCAGAGGAGGGUGGCAAUUGGUGGUUUUUUUUUUGAGUCUCUCUCCCCUUUAUUUUUGAAAUGCUAAGCCCCCUACGAGCCCUCGUGUCUCUCCCUUCCCUACAAGUUCCAUUGCUCCAGCCUGGGAGGAGGAGGGGGUGAGAGGUUGGGGGGAGGCCAACGGAUGCUCAGGAACAAGGUGUGGAAAUUAAUAAAUAGGAAUUGUACAGGAGGAGCGACUGGGAGAGCCUCUAUGGGGGGCAAUAAGGAGCUGUGCCAGCCCUAAGGAGCUGCCCCCCCACCCCAGAGAGGGGGGCCAGGUGGGGCAGCAGGGGCUCUGCAUCACGCAGCAGGGGGUCCCACCAUGGGAAGGGUGUGGAAAGGGUGGGUUUGAAGGAGACACAGCAUUUGGAACAAACUCCAUAGGGAGGAGGCCAAAAUCAUCCAGGUGCAGCCCCCUCCUCCCCCCAUCAUCCUGCUGCCCUAUUGGGAGCUCAGGCUUUGCCCCCUGUGCCACAGCACCUGGAGCUUUUAUUUUCUUUGGCUGGAAGAUGGGUUUGCUGCAAGCAGUAGAUGAGAGCUGCUCUACCCAUUCCAAGAUACACCCCAUGGUUCACACAUAGCAGCUGUAGGGGAUGCAGUGCGGGAUUCCUGCAGCAGAGCUGAAGCUGCUCUUUUCCCAGGAACACCGACCCCAUAACGCAGAUCUUCAGGGGGCUGCAUGCUCCCAGCUCCCUCCAUGCAGCCCUGCAGCCACAGCUCCAGCACACCCAGCUUUGUGCAUAGGGGAAGGUGAGCGCAGCAGGGAGCAGCCCCAGCCACUCCUGCUGGGGAUAGAGCACUGAGCAGCAACAGUGAGGCUGCACAAAUCCUCACCAGGCCCUGGGUUGGCCACUGGGCACACAGAAUCACAGAACACCCUGCAAAGAGCCCGAGGUAAAGCCCACACAGAACUGACAGUCACAGCUCACCAGGACCACGCAGCCCCACAGGCACCUUAAGACCCCAGGGAAGGGGCACAGCUCCCCUUUCUGAGCCCCCUAAGCCCUCCGAGCCCUGCCUGGGUUCAGACCCCAGUACCCAAUCCCUGCUCCAGCACUGCCUUUGGGGUGUACCAACACUGGGGCUGUUCACCCCCCUCCACCCUUAAGCCGUAUCACUGUCCUCAGCAGGGCCUCCCAGCAGAGUUGAAGCCAUUCUCAUGCAUUUCUCAACAUUUUAACAGGAGACUUUUCCUACGGAUAGAAAAGCAGAUACACACCUACCUGUCCUUCAGCAGCCCCACAGCUCCCCAUGAACCUGGUGCUGGCAGUUCACAGGACAGCCCAGAUCAGAGCUGCCAUACAGACCCCACAAACACACCCUGCAUGGAUUCCCCAACACAUUUCCCAUCCAAGCCCCCGCUCCACCCCCAUCCAUAAGAAGCCCCCCUCCUCACCCCAAUGACAGACAAGCUUCACUUACCAAGAAUCCUCCCAGCUGGAGCUCAGACCAAAAAAAAAGCCAUGGAAAGGUGAGCAGAGCCAUCACUGCUGUAGGAGAAGAUCCAGCUGCUCAAGAAAAACUGCCCCAGAACUUCCAAGCCAGGGCUUCCGUGGGCUGCUGGCAGCUCUGGUGUUCCUAGAGCAGAGGCAGUGAAGGCAACAUUCAUUGCAAUGGAUUUUUAAAAACUGAAGUCUUUAUUAAAAGUUUUAUCCAAAUUUUGUAACAAAAGAUACAAAAGGGCUGGAGAUCCUUAUUCCUGGGACUAGUCUGACCAAUCGAAACCUGACAGUGACUAGGCUAUUAUAAAAUCCAUACAAUCUGCUAAAAAUGCAGGGAAAAAAAAUUAGAAGUAACUGCUGCUCUGAUUUUUUUUUUUUCCUUUUUUAAAUUCCUUUAACAUUUAUAAGUUACUCAGUUUGCAUUUUACAGGAGUAGUUCUUCUCUGAAUGGUUACAGCUACUGUACAAUGCAAGAGACAACAGCAAGAACAGAACAAAGCAACAGAAACUCUGAUGUGCUGCAAACACACACCACUCCUGAAGGAACUCUGUGAGCCUCACCUCCAGGCACUGGGUGCCAAAGCAUUGCCUGGAGCACCGAGCAGAGCUCUGCAAAGUGCCAGUGCCCCCGCAGCAGCGCGAUGCUCCCAGCACUGUGUUGCUCCCUCUGUCCCCAACGCAGGCACCCAGCACCCAACAGCUCCCCAUCCCUGCAGGCCACAGGGCCAGGUUUCUCCAGAAGCUAUCAGCUGUGCCAUCCGAACGCCUCGUGGCAAAGGAAGGAAGGGUCAGAGGCCAGAAACCCUGCAGUGGAGAGCUAGCCCUGGUCCAAUUCCCCCCUUCCCUGCUCCAGCCACUCCAGGUCAGAGGGAGGCAUGCCCCAUGGCUGCUCCUGCAGCACGUAAAUAGCAUGAAUGGGAGCAAGCUGCAUUUCUGAUCAAUGGACUUCUCUUUGUGCUGAAAAGGAAAAAGGAGGAGGACACACACCAGGCAACUGUCCAGAGCUGUUACUGGCUAGCAGAAGGACCCUGAGAAUAUAUAGGCUAACACGGUCUCCCGGGGAAUGCCGAGUUAGGUGCAUCACAGUGAUACUGGUUGAACGUGUUCUGUACAGUGCGAAAUGGAGUUUGACAGAAGUGCAGUAUCCCUAAACCUGCUAUUUCCUAUCUCUUCCCAAAGCACAGGCUGCUAGAACGAUGACCAGCCUCAGCACAGCAGAUGUUCAGGACCAUAAACCAGCACUACUUGGGCAUCCAAGUCGAAGUUAUUAGGUGGCAAUCAGGAAAAAAAAAUAUUCCAGUUUAUAAAAAGUAGGAAAGCAAGUACAGGGCUACUGCAAGGUGCAUCACCAGAGGUACCAGGUCUUGCAAGCAGUCAACCCCCCGCCCAAGUCCCCAAGCACCCCGCAAUCCCAGCACUAAAGUAUCUUCAAGCAUAUCCAGAGAUCACAUCACCAUUAUUUCUGAUCAGAGACACCUCAGUGAUCGGUUGCUUAAGAGUCCAUUCAGAUGAACCAGAUUUGCACCCACUGCUCAAGAUGGCUCGAGUGUCUUCGGAAAGCAGGUCUGAGGGCAUGCAGAUAGCAAACACCUUCUUGGCUGUCAGGCAAGGUGGCAGGCUGGAGCUCUGGGUCCAGUGUGGCAAGGCUGAUUUCAGACACCAAAGAUACCCUAGGAG